AUGCCAAUAUCUAAUAUCAUAUUACGAAACCCUACUCAUUAUAAAUAUUAUACUAAAUUAUCAGUGUUCAAUUCCCUUUCAAAAGCAUCCCGGUUAUUUGCUAAAAGAAAUGUAUCUACCAAGCAAAUGGAAUUCCCAUGUUUAGAUAAAUUAGAAGCAAUUACAAAACAAUUAAAAGAGAAACAACAAAAACAAACUCUUAAAAUUGACAAAUUACAACAAUGUAUAGAUCCUGUAUAUUCUAAUAUCAAAACAGGAUACCAAAUAUAUGAGUCAAAAGUCCCAUUAUAUUCUGAUUUUGGAGGUGUGUUACCCAAUCCAUGGCAAAUAGCUUAUGAAACAUGGGGUACUUUAAACAAAGAAAGAAGUAACGCUAUACUAUUACAUACUGGUUUAAGUGCUUCAUCACAUGCACACUCGACAAAACAAAAUCCAGUGUCUGGUUGGUGGGAGAAUUUUAUUGGCCCUAAUAAUCCAUGUUUGGAUACAAAUAAAUAUUUUGUUAUUUGUACCAAUGUAUUGGGUGGAUGUUACGGUUCGACGGGCCCAAAGUCAAUUGAUCCCACAAAUACUAGCUCUAAGGACAUUAACAAAAGAUAUGCCACUAGAUUCCCAAUGUUAAGCAUACAGGAUAUAAUUAGGGCGCAGCAUCAGAUGAUUAAAGAAUUUUUUCUAAUAGACAAACUAUACGCAAGUGUAGGCAGCUCCAUGGGAGGCAUGCAAUCUUUGGCAUAUGGUGUUGAAUUCCCCAAUGAGCUUGAAAAAAUUGUAAGUGUCAGCGGAUGUGCCAGAUCACAUCCCAGUAGUAUUGCAAUGAGACACGCGCAAAGACAAGUAUUGAUGGCUGAUCCACAUUGGAAUAGAGGGUAUUAUUAUAAUGAAAUCAUUCCACAUGUUGGAAUGAAAUUGGCCAGAGAGAUUGCCACUGUUACUUAUAGAUCUGGUCCUGAGUGGGAAUCUAGAUUUGGUAACGAAAGACUAGAUGAUGAACGACAACCAAUGUUGUGUCCUGACUUUUUAAUUGAAAACUACUUAGAUCAUCAAGGUGAAAAGUUUGCACUUGAAUAUGAUGCUAACUCCUUUUUGUAUUUGAGCAAAACUAUGGAUUUAUUUGACUUAAGUUUAUCUUUUCAAAAAAGGGGGUUAAGAAAAAGAACGAGUUUGGUUCAAAAUAACGGUAUUUGUUCCAAUGAAUCUUGUGUUGUGGAACAAAAUCAAGGAUUGGAGGAAAAACCCGUCAAAAGAAAACGCAGCAGCACUGUAGAAGAAGCAAGAAUUGAUUUACAAAAAGGUCUACAACCAUUGGCAUCCAAAGAUUUAUUGGUUAUUGGUGUUAAAACCGAUGGAUUAUUCCCAUAUUGGCAACAAAGAGAAAUUGUUGAUUUGGUUAGCAGUGACACUAAUUAUUCGGGUAAAAUUAAACAUAUAGAACUUGAUGAAUCACAAAGUCUAUAUGGCCAUGAUACUUUUUUAUUGGACUUGGAAAAUAUUGGUAAAGAAAUAGGUAAGUUUUUGACCAAAAAUUAG